AUGUCAGUCAAGAAGUUCAUCCAGCUGGAGAAGUUUCGCUUCAACGAUUCAGCAUUAGUUGUCUGCUUGAGUGGUGCCUACGAAAAGCAGCCACACUUUAAAAAACACUACACCAAACCACCACGGGUCACCAGUCAGCUGUGCGCUCACCCGCUGAUGGUGCUUCGUGUGCAGGACAACUAUGGAAAGGACGAGGAGCCAGCUAUAGAGGCUGUGAAGUCUGUGUAUCGAGACAUGAAAUUGGAGCAGCUAUUUGAGGAAUAUGAGCAGCAGAGCUAUGAGAAGCUGUCCUCGCUGAUCAGCGAACAAACCUUGCUUCCUAGUGAAGUGUUCACAGGGCUGCUCAACAAGAUCUACAAGCGGAAAAAGUAG